GUAAAAAGUUAUAAAGUGCAUUACAAAAUCUUGAAUUUUUAGACUAUAGAGUUUUGAGUACAGUAUAUUAUAUCUUUUACAGGUCCUCCAACAAACUACGGCGGCCCAAGAUCUCGUCACGCGUGGUAACCUGAUAACCUCAAGUUAAUUCAUGAUGUUGAAACCACAAGCCGCAUUACUAGGCAACAAAAAUACAACAAACAUCUCAUUCAAAUUUCGUAUAUAUAUUCAUUCAUAGGAAACAAUACAAAUAAAUACGUUAGAUACAGCAAAGCUCACGUCGAAUAUAACAACUUGUGGACAAUUGAUAUAUAGUCUUCGAGAAAUGCUAGUGCCUUACUCGAAAGAAGACGUCUCUCUCAUUUAAAGCCGGUUGUUCAGAUUCCUAGUAGGGCCUUUAUAGUAUUAUAAAUUCCAAACUGUAUAUCUCAAGUUAUUAGGAGUGAAGUUAGUGAACUAGAACUCAUUUGAUCAUGGGAUGCGGUAGCUCACGAGCAGUGAUAGUUCCAAGUGAUUGUAAUAUAAAGAACAACUCUAAAAGCAGUCUCGAUGAGAAGAAGAGAAACUCGGCCAAAAACUCGGACGUGUCGCUCAGAAAUAACAAUGUGAGCGGCCAGGGCGGGAGUGCAACAGACUUAGAGGAACGUUUAAUAGAGAAACGAAGAGAGAUUUCGGCGUCCUCUACAAGAACAGCAGACAGUGGAAUCAGCGAGUUACCCGAUGAAAAUAUCAUCACGGAAAACACGAAUCCAAAUAAAUUACUAGAACACGGAAUCUCGCAGCGGCCAGAAACGCCAGGUAGGGAUUUUGAUUUCUAGACAUAGAUAUGAUUAGGUAUACAGUUAUGCUUAGUAAAAAAAUUUUAUUCUGAUAUGAAACAUCUCAUAGUUAUAUUCUAGUACUGUACUGCCCGUAAAUCGUAAUAUAUCCACUUCAGAAUGAUAUACUAUUUUGAAUCAUUCUGUCAAAAAUGAGGGAUCUAUGUUACUUCACUCGACUUAGUCUUAGAUUAGGCCGAAGUCGACAGUGCAGUGCUACAGUAUAGCCAAGGGCAAUGACCACUCCAUGCAGAAAAAAAAUCCUACCCAUUCCAAUAUUCUAAUACUGGCUUUAAACUCUAAAGCCGAACCAGGAGAAUAUUCACAUUUAUUUGCUAUGUCUAUAGUCACUGUCUAUAGUCGUUAAGCUGGUCUAAUAUUUGUAUUUUGUAAUGCUAAAUAAUAAUGCAACACGUAUAAAAAGAUGGUCAAAUUUGAAAACAUGAAUUGCCCUUUGCUUUCGAGAGUAUGUGUUAUAAUUAUAUCACACGUAUAGCCUACGAUUUAUGUGAAAGUUAUGUACUCCAAAAGAGGCAAGACGGGCCUCGAAUUUGAUUGCAAUAACGCUCAGUAAAACGUAUAGGCUAGUAUACGAUUUAUAUCUAUGGUUCAUUAUUAUUUUUUCAUGGCUGAUAAAAAGUAACGAAUUAUUUUGGAAAUAUGAGAAUAUCCAAUCUCGUGACCUCUCUCGACACGAAAAUUGCAACAUUUUCAACAACAAAAUUGAAAUUUUUCAUUUAUUUUUGCCUAAUGCAAGCUCGCAUUAAGAUACAAAAUAUACAUUUUAAUUCGGCGAUAAAAGAGAAUAUAUCAUGUUUAGUAAAUAGCAAAUAUAUAUAAUAGGACGGAAAUUCGAACGCAAAGCUAGCUAUAAAAUAGUUCUGGUAUUCACUAUUCCGUUGGAAUUUGGAAAAUGAACUAAAAAUGAAACCUUAAUUGAAUUUCAUGCUGUGCACAGAUCGAGUUGCCUUUCAGUUGUAACGUAGCUAUUUUUGUUUUCUUUUGUCCAUAUGCUUUGACAGUCUGUUUCUAAAAAUCAAUAUUUAUUCUAGAAAACAGCUGUAUUGUCUGCCGUUUUCUCAUAGGAUUAGCAAAUAAAUCGGUUUUUUAUACUUAUUCGACAAAUUAAAGACUACAAAGUAAUUUCUUUCGGUUAUUUUGUUUGAUUUGGUUUUUAAGUAAGACAUAUUCUAAUCCUUGAAAGAGAAUUUGAAUGACUGUUUCCUUAGUAACCAGCAAGAUGACGCCAUUGCUUAGCAACGAGUAGCUGAUAAUGACGUUUUGUGUGGGUGUAUUGUGUAUUGUUAAGCAACUAAAGUAAGCGCUCUAAUUGUCAGGCUGUAUACAUUUCAAAUCAUUCAUUGUUAUACCUUUGAAAUUAAUAGCGUUUGCUUGCUAAUGAACGUUUUAAAAGCUGUUAACUAGAGCUGUAUGUUUGAACUUUAAAAUUUCAGUAAUUCCCGGUUCCUUCACCUUCUGGAAACAUGGCUAAGAAAUUCGCCCGCUUUUCGAGAAACAUGGCUAGGAAACAAUGUUUUUUUGUCCGCCUUUGGGAAACAUGGCUGGGAAACAAUGUUUCCUGUUUGGGAAACAUGGCUAGGGAAACAAUGUUUCCUGGUUUGUCCACCUUCAGGAAACAUGGCUAGGAAACAAUGCUUCCUGGUUUGUCCACCUUCAGGAAACAUGGCUAGGAAACAAUGUUUCCUGGUUUGUCCACCGUGGUCAGAGCGCUGCAACGUAUUUUUUCCUGCCAAACAAGACUAAGGUCUUACUGGCUCUGGGGACAUGCACAACCUACUUUAUUCUACAAGUGGUCUAUUUUAAACAAAUAUUUUUAAUUUUAGAUUUAGUUCUAGAGGGUGUUGGAUGUCCUCGUAAACAAAGUGGAAAAGAGAGACGUCUAGAAUUACAAAAGAAAAACUCCGAAUCAUCUGUACCGAAACUGCCUCCAUUAACGAACAACAGUUUGCUAGAAAGGCCGAAGACGAGAGGAGGCGUCGCCUUUGAUAUCACGUUCUGUCCCGAGACUGGCAACAUGAAGAAAGCGCAGUUACCCAAACUUGAACGACGAAAGAAAAAGAAAAAAUUAACGAAAGAAGAAUUAGAGGAAAAAAUGAGAAAAGCAACGGAACGAAGACAGGUUAGAGGAUUUGGAAAUCUGAAACUCUGAAAUCUUUCUUGUUACCUUAAGGGAUCUAGCCUCCUGCGCAGACGUUGUUAGUGGCAACAUCUGCGCAGGAGGCUAUAAGGGAUCAGGACUUCUUGUGUUUCGUCUUCGUGUAACUUGAUCUCUUCCUAAUCCUCUGUAAACUCUUCUUAAUCUGCUUGUGUGAUGUUACUCUGAGUGUAUAUCCACACCGGGCAGGCUUGAAAAAUAUGCCUGGCCACGGUGGGAAUCGAACCUACGACCUUUGGAAUACUAGCCCAACUGAGCUACGCGGUCAGGUCGGUUCGAGUAUGCGAUAUUUCGGAACUGAGUCUAGUUCCUUCCGAAAUAUCACAUACUCGAACCGACCUGACCGCGUAGCUCAGUUGGCAGAGCAUUGGGCUAGUAUUCCAAAGGUCGUAGGUUCGAUUCCCACCGUGGCCAGGCACAUUUUUCAAGCCUGCCCGGUGUGGAUAUACACUCAGAGUAACAUCACACAAACAUCUUAUUCACCUGAGUACAUUACACCAACACAGCAAAUAUCUUCUUAAUCUCUUUCAUAAUCUUCCUAAUUCAAUCACUCCAUCAUCCGUUGCCUUCCUCUCAAUCAUCUGUCUGUUUAUUAAGGGAUCAAGCCUUCUUGUGUAUCUUCACCGUGCAACUCAGUCUCUUAAAUAAUCUUAUGUAAAUCAAGUCUGUUCCAUAAUCUUCCUAAUUCCAUCACUCCGUUCAUCUUCGUCUGCAUCUUUUUCCUACUACAAGUUCCUUCCUUGCUUUCUUAACAAAUUUUCUCUCAUCAAAAUCCCACACCAUCUCAUUCUUGCUUCUUCUUUCCUGACUUUGCUAACAACUCAGAGACAAAGUUUGAAUACCGUGUCAUGGAUAUAAUCAAAGAACUUCAGAAAUGUCGCACACAUUAAAAUGCAUGCAACUUUAUCAUCACGAGCUCUUCAUUUAAUUCCAUCAUUCCCCUCUUGACGACUAAAAUCGUCUGUCGUUAAACAGAGUAAAAUAACAAAUAGGGCGCAUUGGGAUGCAAUAUCAUUUACGGAACAGCGGUCAUAUAUUUUAACGUGCGACAUAUGGUUUCCUCCAGUUUAGGUUUCCUCCUGUAGUAACACUGGAUCAAUAAGAGAUGAUCCUUACUGCAUCUCUGGGGAGAACAGUUUAGAACUGAUAGAGCUAUCCAGUAUAAAUAAAGUUAGUCUAGUUUAGGUUUCCUCCUGUAGUAACACUGGAUCAAUAAGAGAUUAUCCUUACUGGAUCUCUGGGGAGAACAGUUUAGAACUGAUAGAGCUAUCCAGUAUAAAUAAAGUUAGUUUAGCUUUCCUCCUGUAGUAACACUGGAUAAACAGGAGAUGACAAUUACUGGACCUAUAGAGAGGAUGGUUUAAUUAAAACUAAUAGAGUUUUCCAGUUAACUUAGUUCAGAUUUUAACGGUUUAUUUAUCAUUUUCCCUCCAGCAACACAAUAAGAAAAUCCAGGCGAAAUCACACGCCUUCGUUGAACAAUACGAGAAUGUCGUACAGAGGCGUAACAACGCGAUGGAAAGCAAUAAUGGAAACGCAGGGAACUCCGGUAAUACAAGAGACGAUGUUACUGAAAUAAUGGAUAUAUCUGGAAAUCAAGAAACGGACAUGACAAGCCAAUGAAAAACAAAUGAAAAAUUAUCUAUACGGGAAGGCAUCAAACCGUACGAAUUUCUGAGGCAAUUUCUCAAGCAUCACUGCAGACCAAAUUUCCAUCGUGAACCUAUACUCAGCAUGUUUAUGCCUGUUGACAUCGAAUUCAUGACUCGCAUCGAUUGAAUUGAUAACUCGCAUACCUAGUUACCACUGUUCUGAUAAUGCAAGCAUAGAAUGGAACGGAGGUAACCAAGCAUUUAAAUUAUAUAUGCGAGUGAAUUGAUAACUCACAUGCCUAGUUACCACUGUUCUGACAAUGCAAGCAUAGAAUGGAACAAAGGUAACCAAGCAUUUAAAUUAUAUAUGUCAGUGAAUUACGUGGCAAUGGACAUAAACACAUCAGCAGAAUGGGUCUAUUUAUCCUAGUUUCUGAGAAACUUGUUAAGACCUAAUCAAAUUGAUUGAUGACAAUAACAAGAACAUCUAUAUUUAUGGUAGUGAUAAAUAGCUAUUUUUGUAAAUAUAAUGUACGUGUGUGAAAAUACAACAAAACUAUAGUUGACAUGUGCAACAGUUUGUUUCUGUUUAAUUGGCAGUCGCAUCGUAUAACAAAGCACAGAAAACACAAAUUAUAUUUCCACUUUAGUACCAUUCUAAAGGGAGAGAUAUGAUUGGCUUCUCAGAGAACUGCUAUUUCGCAGAAGUUGAGCAAUUUUCGCUAGAAACAUUUUUCUAUCAAAAUAUGAAAUCCAUAUACUGUAUGGACCCAGAAAAUGGAAAUUAGAUUUCCAGAUUAUUUCCAACUAGAAUCCAUACUUUUCCCAUAGCAUGAUUUCCAAAAAAAUCGCACUGGAAAAGAAAGUUUGAUUAUAAAUACAAAAUGACCAAUAUAUAAUUAAAAACUCAACAUCAAAAUUUCAAUCGGAUUCAUCAUAUCUGUAUUCUGUAAUACAAUACUGUGUGCAUUUACAACAAGAGACAACAAGGACCUGCGAAUAUGAGUGCGGAACUCCCGAGCAAAGCUCGUAUUAUAUAUGUUCCCUCCUAGUAAGGGCUAUGAAAAGUUGACAAAAAAUUAAAAUAACUGUUUGUUACUCGUCCUCCUCCGCAGGCAACUCAGCAGCAAAAAAUGCAUAAUUACGCAAUAAGAAAGCUUCUGAUUCAUAGGGAUACAACUACAUGAAAAAUACAAGAACUUCGACGUUUCGAGCCUUUGUUGGUCCCAUUCUCCCGAAAAUGUAAAGGGUCCAUUUCCACUUGGGAAAAUUUUCCGCAGAAAGAAAAUUUUGUAUAAUAUGGGAUUGGCCGACACAAAUUUUCCGUCGGAUAGUUGGAAAUUUUAACAAUGAUAUUUUCGGAAAAUUUUCUGUGCGUGGAAAUGGGCCUUUUUCCCGCAUGCAUCAUAAUUUGCGGGUAUAUAGCCCGCGUGUUUAAUUAUAUACAGCCAGCCUUCGUGUUUAACCAUUAGGGAGUUUAAGAUCUUGACGACGAACUGCCGACUACGUUUGAAAUAGUUUUUGUUAUAUGUAUCCAAAUACUAAAUGCUUGUCAUAACAAAUUUAUCCCAAAUAUGUUUUAUGUGCAUGGCUUUGUGUUCGGCAAGUUUCAUCUUUUAAUUUUCAUCAUUUCUUUAUAAAAACACACUCCAACCCAGGGCUCGAAUUUUAUCGCGGCAAUUGCCGUAGAGGGAGUACAAAAUGCCGUGGAUCAUUGCGGAAACGACGGCAAUUUUUUGCCGUAUAGUAUAAUUUUUAUACUAUUCACUAAAUUACUAUAUUAACAAUAAAAUUAAAUUUUUGUUACAGUAAUUUGAAAAAAUGCCGCGGAAACUGCCAAAAUUGCCGUAGACAGCUGUUACGUUCUACGGCAAUUUUUAACGCCAUUGCCGUCGAUUGAUUUCAGGGAAAUUCGAGGCCUGCUCCAACCUGCACAUUGCGUAGUCAGUUUCGGUGCUUUGUUCUUGAUUCUGUUUCACAACACAAGAAUGUGAUUUUUACGCUGUAGCCAAGGUCGCUACGGUGAAAAGUAUGCUCUGGGGAUAUGUAAAUUUUGCCAGUGCCUCUGUUAAAGCAAUGCAAACACAAGCCUUCAACCGUACUCCGUACCCGUAGUUCGUUAUCGGCAUCUUAAACUCCCUAUUGUGUUUAACUAUACGGCUCUGCGAAGGAGAGUGAAGUUACAAGAAGGGCCUUCGCUCGAAACAUCGAAGUUCUCCUUGUAUUUUUCAGGGAGUUGCAUGGAUCCGAAGCCAUCUUAUUUUUCGCGCUGCCUACUUCAAAUACAAGCAUGGAGGUACCAGGGGAUCCUGAGGAAUAAUUGUGCAGUCAGGAAAUAAAACUCUCCACAACUAUUGCGCAAUUUCUCCCAAAUAUUGCGUAAUUCAGCCGUUUUUGCCACCGAGCAAGAAGGAUGCUUUCACAGAGAAAAAUUUCGAAAUAUUUCACUUUAUUUCUUUUGAAUUGUGACGAUCCGCAUAAAAUAAGUUUUACACGACCGCUUACAAGAAUUGAGCGAAAAAUUUCCACAGCGAAAUCGUUCGAGGAAAUCCAACUUUGCGAAGGAGGCUGUCUGUUACUAUUCAUUACCCUAAUAUCUGUUACCUGACAUACAUAAAGCAAAUGUACUUGAUGGCAAUAUGUAAGUUAUUCACAUUGUUAGCUUUUCGAGUAUUAGUCAAUCUUGACAGCACCAUAUAUCUUCCUUAUAAAAUAGUACGUGGCGUAGAAGCCAAUGGUACCAGUAAGAAGCCAGAACGUAAACACCAUCGUUAAAGUAUACACGAAGUAUAUAAGGGCAGAAACGAAACUCACAAUCUCAAGCUGAAAAAGACGUAGAGUUAGGU